GGUCAGUAUGGCGUCGUGUGAUAUUUCGACAGCAAUUAUUGCUCUAUUGAUGUUAUCCCUAUGCGUCGAUAUGAGAUCAGAGGAGCAGGAUGAGUAUGGAUACGACCAAGAUCAAAAGGAAGGUGACGACGGACCGCCGGAUGAUGCGCAUAACACAAACGUUUCCAAAGAGAACAUCAUCAAGCCGCUGGUUAAAUGGAAAAUUCCCGGCAACGUUGAACUCAUACAAGAUUACGAAUUCUCAUAUCACCCUCAUGUCGACAUCCAGAUUAGAGAUGCCGAAUGUUACUCGUCAUUCACCAGGUCAACUUUCACCAUAUAUUUGGGUGCACUUGAUUACCAUAACUGCUGGCUCUCGGAAGUACACGUCAAGAGUGAUGAGUUUGACUACGAUAUAUACACAUCUACUCGCAAUUACAAGGGCUCGCUAAUCGGUAAGGGCAACAAUAUUAUGAAUUUCGUCUCUGUUGAUCACUGUUUCCAGGAAGGUUAUAUCGACUGUGUUCCAAGAGCUGACGUAGUCUUUAUACGCUUUGAAAGUUCACCGGCUGAUCCUUGGGCGAUUGAUCAGAUUAAUGUCGAUAUUCACUUUCAGUUGGGCGUCGGACCUGAAAAUGCAUAUCGAUGGCACUUUGAGCAUUCUGUUCUUCUUCCAUGUACUACAUGGUUGAAAGAUGCAGCUAUGUAUCAGAUAGGUCCACGAGUUGGUCUUUUCGUCAAGCACCCAUACCACUAUAUGCCGAAAGUGAAUGAAAGGAUUCGUGAUUGGGUUUGAAAUGGAGUCAGCAAUUGAAUUCAAAUUUCUAAAGUGCAAUACAUUAAUCUAUAAUGAAAUAAACG